AUGGCAUUUUCUUUAAAAAAGACUGCUGUGACUGUUUUAACUGUUUUUGCUAUUAAAAGAUGCCUCGUCGUUGCUGUGUGCCCGGUUGCGAUACCACGAGCUAACUGGGAGCCCUCGAAAGGUUCAUUCGUCUGCAGUGAACAUUUUAGUGAUAGUGAAGUUAUACGGUGUGAAAAAGUGCUAAAUCCUAAUGGAUCUUAUGAAGUUGUUCCUCUGAAAAAUCCCAAAUUAGUGACCGGUGCAGUGCCCCAUAUAUUCCCAAAUCUGCCUAAGUAUUUAAGUACAAAAAAAACAUCUAGGAUGGAUCCCUCGAAAAGGAGACAGAUGUGUGAACAGCGUCGUGAAGAAAUAGAUAGGCAAACCCAAGAAAAGGACAUAAUCAAAGAUUUCUUCGAAUUGAAAUCAAAAGUUAGCCAGGAUGAUGCUAUAUAUUCUGGUUGGAAUUUAAAGAUAUUUGAAGAAAAAAUGUUUUUUUAUACCCUUAACAUAGAUUUUAAUAAUAAAGAUUCACAAAAUGUGAGAGUAUUAAAUAGUAUCUGCAUAGACUCUGAUCUCAGUGUGAAACUAUUUAUAGGUGAAACACAGCUUCCCCCAAAUGAUUUAAAAUGGACUCUUACCAAUUCCUUGACUUUAUUUAAGUGGUCACAACUUAAAAAUUUGUUAGACAGGUAUAAAGAUAGCCCUUUUACCUGUACUGAGAGUAUGUUUGAAUUUAAUAUUAAGAAAGCAGAAGAACAGCUAGAAACUGCUCUUCAAUUCUCUGACGAGCAAGAAUGCAAGCAAUUGGAUUUGAUUAAGGACCAACUUAAGUUGUGUACUUUAAAACAGCCUCGCUACAGUGUAUCAACUGUUAUAUUUGCUUUCUUGAUAUUUUGCAUAUCGCAGUCAUGCUAUAACUUAAUAAGGCGAUUUUUGUUUUUACCUCAUAAAAGGUAUUUACAAUAUCUUUCAUCUUCCUUCAAUGUUAACCCAAGUAAUUUAGAAAACACAAAUAAUUAUUUGAAAGUUAUGUAUAACAAAUUAGAUUCACGAGAAAGGGUAGUCAAUUUAUGUAUUGAUGAGAUUUAUGUCAACAGCAAGCUAGAGUAUAAAUGUAAAAAAGUGACUGGAUAUGCUGAUAACGACUCUAAUGAGUUAGCCAAAACUGUGGUUUGCUUUAUGGUUUCUUCUACAUUUGGUCGAUUUAAAGAAAUUGUGCGUAUAAUACCUGUUAAUUCACUCACUGGACAUCAGCUUAAAGAUUACACUUUAGAAGUUAUAAAUUUUAUCCAGCUCAUUGGUUUCCAAAUAUUAUGCAUAAUUACAGAUAACAAUAGGGUGAACCAAAAUAUGUACAAGCUUAUUGCAGGGGAUAGUAUUCAAUUCUUAAAUCCAAAUUAUCCUAGCAAAUCUAUUUAUGUUAUGUAUGACCCUGUUCACAUUUUCAAAAAUAUUAGAAAUAACUGGUUAAACCUACGUUCCCCAGGAAAGACAUUCAUGUUUCAUGAUUUUGAAACAGGUCAAAUUAAAAUGGCUUGUUUUAAUGAUAUUGAAAAAUUGUAUAAAGAUGAAGGCGAACGCUGUAUAAAAAAAGCUUACAAAUUAAAUUCUAAGACAUUAUAUCCUUCAAAGUUAGAGCGACAAAAUGUGAGUUUAGUUGAUAAUCUAUUUCACAACUCAACUAUAAGUGCCUUGAAAUCAAAAACUGAAAGUCAGAGUACUGGUCAAUUUCUGGAAAUCAUCCGAAUGUGGUGGAAUAUAGUAAAUGUGAAAAAUAAAAUUAAAGGUUUAUUAAAGCGGGAUACUAGUUCUUCGUUCAUCUCUGCACCGGAUGAUGAAAAUAUAGUUCAUUUGGCAAAAUUUAUUGAAUGGUUGGAUAAAUGGUUACUUUUAAAUGGUGGUUCAUUUCUGUCGAAAGAUACUUUCACAGCUCUUCGGCACAGCACUGUAGCCUUAAUAGAAGUUGUUAAAACUUCUUUCAGAGACUUCAAUAUUAAAUAUAUUUUAUUGGGGAAAUUCCAAUCUGACUGUAUUGAAAAACGGUUUGGACAGUAUCGCUUUCUAUCUGGAUGUAAUUACAAUGUAUCAUGUACACAAAUUAUAGAAGCAGAAAAAAAAAUUCGUUUGCGACACUUAAUGAAACUAGAAGAUAUAGGAAAAGAAUUAAAAAAUUAUAAGGAAGUUACUGAUUCUAGCACUGAACUUCUAACUGUGCCAAAAGAAUUUAAAUCAAUUCUAUCUAGUAAUUAUUUGGAAGCUGAGAUCUGUGACAUUGAUGAACCAUCACAAAUAUAUAGAAAUAAUAAAACCUACAAAGUUUGA